UGUACUUGCAACAAACAAUUUUUCUAACUCCAACAUGCUUGGACAUGGAGGUUUUGGCAAUGUUUACAAGGGGACAUUAGAAGAUGGUACAAAAAUUGCUGUGAAAAGGCUUAGUAAGGGUUCUGGCCAGGGGGUAAUGGAGUUCAGAAAUGAAGUAAUACUCAUUGCGAAGUUGCAGCACCAAAACUUGGUUAGACUUCUAGGUUUCUGCAUCCAUGGAGAUGAGAAACUAUUGAUAUAUGAAUACUUACCUAACAAAAGUCUAGACGCCAUGCUUUUUGCAGAUGCCACAAGAAAAUCAAUGCUUGAUUGGCCGAUGAGAUUCGAGAUAAUCAAAGGGGUAGCUAGAGGACUUCUUUAUCUUCAUCAGGAUUCAAGGCUGAAGAUAAUUCACAGGGAUCUCAAAGCAAGCAACAUAUUAUUAGAUGCCGAAAUGAGCCCUAAGAUAUCUGAUUUUGGUAUGGCAAGGAUAUUUGGUGGCAAUCAGCAGCAAGAAAAUACCAACCGUGUCGUUGGCACAUACGGUUACAUGUCCCCUGAAUAUGUUUUGAAAGGAGUGUUUUCUGUCAAGUCUGAUGUAUAUAGCUUUGGAGUUUUACUACUGGAGAUUGUGAGUGGCUCAAAGAUCAGCUCUGUGCACCUAAAAGCAGACUUCAGCAGCAUUAUAGCCUAUGCAUGGAGCUUAUGGAAGGAUGGGAACACACAGGAUUUUGUUGACUCGUCAAUUGUGGGGAGCUGCUCACUUAAUGAAACUUCACGGUGCAUCCAUAUCGGACUCUUAUGUGUUCAAGGCAGCCCAAAUGCGCGGCCACUCGUGUCAUCAAUCGUGUCCUUCCUGGACAAUGGAGAUAUAUCACUUCCAACUCCAAAAGAGCCCAUGUAUUUUGCAGAAGAUAACUAUGGUACUGACGGAGCAGCAGAAAAUACUGCCAAGUCUGCAAAUAACAUGAGCAUUACAGUACUGGAGGGACGCUAGCACCUAGCAGUCUAAUUUCUGCAUAUUUGUAUGUACUUUUUACAAUUGUAUACCGGAUAAGAAACUGCAUUUGUAUUGAAGAAGUAGAAGCUUUGUUUUAAUAUAGAUAAUGUAUUUCAACUCCUCCUACGGCAAAAUGGGAGAGGUCAAAAUGUUCUUAUUAAAGACCCUUCUCACCAAGAAUUUUGGAUGCAUAAAAGAAGGCAAGUUAAGCAGUUUUUUUUUGUAUCCUUAAAGAAGGAUAGUAGGACUCUAUA